GAAAUGGCGUCCUUCAAGAAAAUAAAUACUAAAGUAUUUGCAAGAACAGGACCUGAAUUAACUCCCGACAGUAUAUACUGGAAAAAGUAUAGUGCUCCAGUUUUAGUUAAGGAAUUUGGGGCAAUCGAUUAUAUCGAUUUUUCACCAGUAGAACCUCAUUAUUUUGCUGUCACUUGUUCAGUAAGAGUACAGGUGUAUAACCCAAUUACAAAACUAGUUACAAAAAAUCUUAGCAGAUUUAAAGAAAGUGCUUAUGGUGGCUCCUUUCGUAGUGAUGGCAAACUACUCUGUGCUGGUGGUGAAGAAUCAGUAAUUAGACUGUUUGAUGUCAACACAAAAAGUCUUCUUCGAAUUUUUUCUGGACACAAAGCUUCUGUGCACAGAACUUUCUUCACUGCUGAUAAUCUUCAUAUUGCUUCAUUUUCUGAUGACAAGACUGUAGCUAUUUGGGAUAUACCUAAUGAAAAGCAAAUAAAAUCUUUCAGUGAACAUUCAGACUACAUCAGAGCUGGUGCAGUUAGUCCUAUUUCCACAGACAUAUUGUUAUCUGGAGGCUAUGAUAAACACAUACAUAUGUACGAUGCAAGAACAGACAAGAAAAUUCUUAGUGUGAGUCAUGAAGCUCCUGUUGAAAGCUUAUUAUUUUUACCUUCUGGUGGAAUAUUCUUGUCUGCAGGUGGUACAGACAUUAAAGUGUGGGAUGCACUUGCUGGUGGCAGAUUACUUGCCAAAAUUACUCAACAUCAUAAAACUGUGACAUGUUUAAAGAUAGCUUCAAAUGGUCGCAGAAUUUUGUCUGGUUCAUUGGAUAGACAUGUAAAAAUUUAUGAUUCUGGGACAUACAAAACUGUUCAUUCUUUAGAUUAUCCAAAUGCAGUUCUUAGCAUAGGAAUUAGUUCAAAUGAUGAAACCAUAGUAGCUGGUAUGGUUGAUGGUUUAAUUUCUGUGAGAAGAAGAGAGGAAGAUGUAAAAACUGAAAAGCCACAACGUAAAAAGGUAUCAUACAGACACUCAGGAAAAAACAUCCACACACCUCAAGUAGAUAUUGUUGUACAAGAAGAAAUGAAAGAAAUUAUGUCCAGACAUGAUACCUGUUUAAGAAAAUUUCAAUAUUCUAAAGCCUUGGACAGUGUUAUGAUAACUUAUGUGGUAAGCAAAGCACCGCAUGUUACGGUUGCACUUAUGCAAGAGCUUAUCAGGAGACAGGGUUUAAAACAAGCUCUUAGUGGCAGAGAUGGCAAGUCUCUUGGAAGUAUUCUUAAAUUUUUGAACAAAUAUAUAGGAAGUGUUCGGUUUGGAAGAGUGUUGCUUCACGUCGCUGAUGUAUUAAUGGAUGUCUAUGAAGAUAAGUUAGAUGAACUUGCGGCAGAACCACGAAAAAUGUUUAGUCUUUUAGCAGCAAAGUUGGAAGAAGAAGAAAACUUAAUACUAGCAUUAUCAGAAUUGCAAGGAAAAUUACAUAUGAUACUAUCUGCUGCAGAAAGUACACUUCCUGCACCAGUAAAAGAUACACAAACAUUGGAAGCUUCAAGUGCAGCUCAAAAAAAUAUAAUUUUAAGUGUAGCAUGA